AUGAGAGGAAUGCCAAGGAAUGCGAAAGUGGAAAUGAAAGAAGAGAUGAAAGGAGCGGAAGAGAGAAUGGUUGAGAAAAUGGACGAAAUAUUUGAGGUAAUGAUGACUGCAGUGCAAGAGAUGGUGCAGGAAAUGAUGAAGGGAUUCAUGGGAGAGGGAGCUGUAGGAGUGAACGGAGACGAUGGGAUCACCGUCACGAGUAUCGAGAUUCCGCCUUACGUCGAGAAGGGGGAGAACGUCACCUUGAACUGCUGCUUCAACCUCAGCAACCACAAGCUGUACUCGAUCAAGUGGUACCGUAACGAUAAGGAGUUCUUCAGGUACAUCGCAGACGACAAGCCCCCAACCAGGAUCUUCAACAUCCCCGGGAUCGAUGUGAACUCCGACUUGUCAACCGGCGAAAGUGUCGUCUUGCGUGAUGUUGGCCUCAAUUCUGGCGGGAGAUAUAAAUGUGAGGUUGUAACCGACUGGCCAGGCUUCCACACUGCCGACAAGAGUGGAGAAAUGAUGGUUGUUGUAGUGCCAACGGAGACGCCCACCAUAGAAGGAACGCAAAACGACUACCGUAUCGGUGACACCGCUCGCCUGACCUGCAUCUCGGCAGCCUCUAUUCCUGCCGCAGAUCUCACAUGGUAUAUCAACGGAGAGGAGGUACCCAAUCACUACUUGGUCCCCAUAAAGCCCACGACGUACGCCAACGGGCUGGUGCAGACGCGUCUCGGCCUGAAAUUCGACGUGAGCAGGAGUCACUUUCGGAAUGGCGAGAUGACCCUCCGCUGCUCGGCUCAGGUCUCCUCCUUCUACCGGAAGACUCAGCAACACAGCGUCGACGGUCAGCUCACUUAUAACGUUCCUGUUAUGGAGUCAAGGGAUCUCGCCGCCUAUUCCGGUAGCGCCAGCAUCGUCCAGGUACGACAAGCCGCUGGGUUGGUCGUGGCCGCCAUGUUGAUGCUCACCUUCGUAGGUCACAUCCAGAGCUGACUCCUCGGCGCUCGACGAAGCAUCCUCCAUCCUCCUCCUCCUCAAGUUGUUUCUUCUGCUACACCUGUUCAUCCUCACGCGCCAACACCUCGGACGCGCGCCACGCCUGCUCCCCUUCUGCUUCGUCGGAGGAGAAGCCAGGGACACAGAGAGACAGGGCGGAGACAACAGAUGGAUCAGGAGCGGAAAUAGAUUCCAUCAGGAGCAGUCAGUCAGUGACUGCCAUUGCUCCGCUGACUCUUUGCCGUAUUGUUGCUGCUCGUAGCUUCGAAGCUUUUAUUCAAAUACACUUAUUCAUUCGUGUGAUUCUUCAUUUUACGUGUGUUCACAAAUCUACUCAUCAUGUCUGUGUUCAUUUAUGCAGGACGAUCCAGAGGUGGUUAUUAGUCUUCUCUCCCAGAAUGGCUCAUAGGACCCUUCUCUUCAACUCAGAGGCUGACAUUCACUUUCAUACUGAAUUAUUCUUAGAUAAAUCUUGUAAAGGAUUAUGGUUAUAAGAAUCGAAUCGUCAAUCUCCAGUCUUUGGCGCCAAAAACGUUCCCAUUACGGUGACUGGAAACAGCAGUAAGCAAACGUCAAUGGAAAACUAUUGGUACUGUGUUUAAUACGCGCAGUCUAUAAGUAUUAUCCAGUUGUAAUAAGAAGGAAUCCGUGAAUAACUUCCAGUUUAUCUAUAUCAAUCAUAUAACAAAUAAAAAAAAAAGUAAAAUCGAAUUUUCUGUAUGAGCCGGUGGUGGCUUGUCCUAUAGCAUUGCCAGAUGUAGGUUUACGGCUAACUUUAGCCUUAAAUAAGGAAAUAAAACUACUGAGGCUAGAUGGCUGCAAUUUGAUCCAUUGAUGAUCGGAGGGUGGAUGAUCAACAUUCCAAUUUUCAGCCAUCUAGCCUCCGUAGUUUAAAAGAUCUGAGGGGGGACAGAAAAGCUGCGGACGGACAAACAAAGUCGGCACAAUAGUUUUCCUUGACAGAAAACUAAAAGAGCAUUUAGUCUAAAUUUUUUUCUUGCUAAAUUCAUACCGAAGAUAGUUACUAGAGCUUGACAUGAGUGAGGACUAAGAAUUGCAAUCAGGCUGCGCUGCUAACUACUAUCCAACAGAUGACUUUCCACACUUAGCGAUGCCUUCACAAUAAAUCUCCCCACUUUACACUUUAACCUUAAAUUUCAUCAAAACUACUGAGGCUAGAGGGUUGCAAUUCGGUAUGUUUGAUGAUCGGAGGGUGGAUGAUCAAUAUACGAUGGGCAGAAUAAAGGGCGGAUUUCUUUGUCAGAAAACUUAAAACUAGACAAAAGAAGAAUCUGAGAUGAAAGAAAAAUAUCGAAGCAUCACAGAUAUAAUUUGACUGGCUUCAUAAACAAUGUAAAUGAAAGAAAGCUAAGAAUAAGGGAACUUAUUACCUGAAUAAUCACGAAGGCUUAUAAGAAUUCAUUCGAUAAUGAACUGAAAAUAUUGCACAUUAUAAACUUCUCAUAUUCAUAUCUAUAUAUAUAUAU